CAGACAGACAGACAGGGAGACAGACAGACAUGGAGACAGACAGAAAGACAGACAGACAGACAGACCUCUUUCCUGUGAUGAUGGACGACUACUGUCUCCCGUCGUGGAUUUAUUUGGCUGUUUUCACCGUGUUUGUGGGCGGAGCCAUGAAGAAGAUCCUGGCGUGCCACCUGAGCGUGGCUCCGCCCCUGAUGGCGUUGCUCGGGGCCACCGUGCUGGCCGAGCGUCUGUGGGCGCUCUGUCUGCCGGCCGUGCUGCAGCUGGCGCUGCUCGCCAUCGGCUACCUCCUCUACGUCCUGUAUGGCUACACCAGGGCGCCGCUCGCUGCCCUGCCCGCCCACGGCAAGGCUGUCCUCAUCACAGGAUGUGACUCUGGUUUCGGGAAUGCGACAGCAAAGCAUCUGGACGCUUUGGGCUUCGAGGUGUUUGCCACCGUCUUGGACGGGUCCGGAGACGGAGCCAGACAUCUGCAGAGGACCUGCUCCCCCCGCCUAACCAUCCUGCAGGUGGACAUCACACAGCCUCAGCAGGUCCAGCAGGCGCUGAUCCAAACCAAGGCCAAACUGGGCCUCAAAGGUCUGUGGGGUUUGGUGAACAACGCCGGUGUGUGUGUGAACUUCGGAGAUGCCGAGCUGUCGCUGAUGUCAAACUUCCGCGGCUGCAUGGAGGUGAACUUCUUCGGGACUCUGAGCAUCACACAGACCUUCCUGCCGCUGCUACGCCACGCUAGAGGACGCAUUAUCACGGUGUCCAGCCCCGCAGGUGACCAACCAUUUCCCUGCCUGGCGGCGUACGGAGCCUCCAAGGCGGCCCUGAACCUCCUGAUGGACACGCUGAGGAACGAGCUGGAGCCCUGGGGGGUCCCGGUGUCCACCGUGCUGCCUGCCUCCUUCAGGACAGGUCAGUCCGGUAACCGUGACUACUGGGAGUCCCAGCACGCCGAGCUGCUGCGGAGCCUGUCUCCGGCGCUGCUGGACGAGUACGGCGAGGACUACGUGUCCGAGACCAGGGACCUGUUCCAGCGCCACGCCGGCCAGGCCAGCCCGGACCUCAGCCCCGUGGUGCACGCCAUCGCCACGGCGAUACUGGCGCCGCAGCCCGCGCUGCGCUACUUCGCCGGGCCGGGCGUGGGCCUCAUGUACUUCGUCCACGGCUACUGCCCCGUCAGCGUCAGCACGCGCUUCCUCAAGAGGCUGUUCGUGAAGAAGACUCUGCCGCCACGCGCCCUGAGGAAGCAGGCGGGCUGCCAGCUGAGCCGAGGCCUCCACAACAACAACAACAACAACAACAACAACAACAACAACAACAACAACAACAACAACAACAACAACAACGAGGACAGCAGCGGCGAGGACAAACUCAAGUAGCUGCCAGACUGAGACACAGAGACACAGAGGGAGUUUAGAGGACCACUUCUGAAACUCGUUUGCCAUCGGCUGGUCAAACUGUCUGCUGAGCCGAGACAUUCGUUCACUUUGUUUUCUCUUCUCCACGUUUUGUUCUUCUUUUACAUUUCAAGUCGGCCGUUUCCUUGGAUUUGAGCUCUAAAAUUGCUCCAGCAAAUGUAUGGAAUCUGUGGAAAG